AUGAGCGGCAACGCUGCCUCUGCUACUGCCAACAAGAGCAGGAAGUUUCUCGAGCGCAAUCGCCGGGCCUUCACUGCUAGGAUGUUGGCCGGCCUCCGCCAGUACAGCAAUUUCAACCUCCAGCCCCGUGCUGAAAUGAAUAAAGUCACCGCUGCCCUCGCCCGCGAGGCCGGUUUUACCGUCGAGCCCGAUGGCACCACUUAUGGAUCGGCAGCUUCUUCUAACGUGAGUGGCAUAAUUAACAAUUUCUGCCAAUUAGUGGAUCCUGGUGGUGUUAAACAGGAGUUACAGCUAUUGAAAUCUUUAAACAUAGAUGUUGUCGUUGUAAAUUGUUGGUGGGGGAUUGUUGAAGGAAAGGAAGACCAGAAAUAUAAGUGGUCUGGAUACAGAGAAUUGUUCGAUAUCAUCCGAGAUAAGGGAUUGAAAUUGCAGGUUGUAAUUGCGUUUAAUGCUUAUGGUGGAAAUGAUUUCAAAGUGGAUAUACCUCUCCCUCAGUGGGUUUUGAAGAUUGGAAAAGACAUCCCAGAAAUAUUCUUCACUGGUCGUGUAGGAAGAUGGAAUACUGAAUGUCUUUCUUGGGGAAUAGAUAAGGAGUGUAUUUUAGAACAUAGAACUGGUCGAGAGGGUUGUUAUGAAUUCAUGAGAAGCUUUCGAGCUGAGUUUAAUGAUUUGUUCACCAAGGGUCUCAUUUCUGCUGUGGAAAUUGGACUUGGAGCUUUUGGGGAGUCGAAGUACCCUUCUUUUUCUGAAAGAAAUGGAUGGAGAUUUCCUGGUAUUGUGUCAUGAUAAGUUUCUUCUGUGAAGUCUUAAAGUUGCUGCAAAGAAACGAGGGCAACCUUCCUGGGAAAUGGGGCCUGAUAAUGUUGGUUGUUAUAAUUCUAGGCCACAUGAGACUAGAUUUUUCCGUGAAC